UCAUCUCCGGCCAGCAGCUCCACAAGGCGUCCCAGGGUUUGCGCUGAAAGGCAUCCUCACCUUUUCCCCUUAAAGGAGCGCGAGGAGUGCCGGGGGAAUCGGACAGAUGUGGAAAACACGUGGUUUACUGCUGGAACAAGGCUAAAGACGCGGGACUUUCUUUGGCUUUGAUUUUGUUGUGGGUGUGUGGUUGUGGCCAGAACAGCGGACUGGAAAGAAGACAUCAAUAACCUAACACUACAGACAGUGGUUUAUUUACAGCGCUACGCAAAAUAUUGCGAAUACGGGAAAUGUAACUUUCUCUCUCAUAACAUCCACAUUGUAUUAAAACAGUGCGCAUAUUACGGAACAAUGGGAUUCUAUGGGAUGUUCAAGAUGAACAUAUAACGGAGCGGUCUGUCCGCAACUCUCAUGUUUUGAAGUUGGAAAAUCUGAAUUUGUGUGCACUUUUAUUUUGCUGUUCUCCCAGGUCAGCAGAGUAUUCAAAUCUGCUCGUUUGGACUGAACUUUGAGAUGCGCAGAAAGUGACAUAGGGAAUCUCAUCUCUUCUACGCUCCUUACAGAUUUAUACAACGCCAUGAAAGACGAUUUUGCUGACGAGGAGGAAGUACAGUCUUUUGGAUACAAGAGGUUUGGCAUCCAGGAGGGUACGCAGUGCACCAAGUGUAAGAAUGAAUGGGCACUGAAGACCUCCAUAGCACUACUCUACGUGCUAUGUACUCUACUCACCAUUGCUGUGGCUGUCCUUGGGUAUAAAGUGGUCCAAAAGGUUGACAAUGUGUCUGAAGGUAUCGAAAGCUAUGGGGGGAAGAUCAAUGCUGUGGAAACGGACUUGAAAAAGCUAGAUGACCAGACUGGCGAGAAGUCGGAGAACACCACCACGGAGAUCCAGGCCUUUAAGAACAACAUCCGGGCUCUGCAGAGACAGCUGUCCGAGGUGGCUGAGAGGAGCAGCAGUAACCGGGCGGCCCUGGGUCGUCUGCAAGAUGCUGAUCAGGACAUGCAAGGUAGCCAAGCCUCCAUCCAGGUUCUGCUGGAUGCCAACACAGCCACGCUGAGGUACAUCAAUGGUACCCUGCAGGCCUACGGCGGCACCUUGGACGGUCUUCAGGGGGACACAGCUCGGCUGCAGACGGAGCUCCAGGAGCAGGUCCGGAAGCAGAGCCAAGCAUUGCUCAGCAUCAGCAAUCUCAACCUCACCCAGGCUCAACAGAGGGGACUGAUCUCAGCUUUGCAGAGGUCUGUGGACGACACCAGCCAGGCCAUCCAGAAAAUUCGCAAUGACUUCCAGAGCCUGGAACAGACGGCGAGGCAAACAAAGUCAGACACCGACUGGUUGCGGGAGAAGGUACAAAACCUCCAGGCGUUGGCCUCCAACGCAUCCGCCAUUGCCAAGUCUAACAACGAUAGCCUGGAGGACAUGGGAUCUCAGCUGGCGACGCUGUCCGGACAGCUCCAAAACACAUCCAGCCUCACGGAGAGCCACGACCAGACACUCAGGGAGAUUAUGGACCAACAGAGGGACCACGACAACCUUACCUCCUCGAAGUUUGAUCGACUGGAGAUACGACUGGAUGAGUCAGAGGGGAACAUCGACCGCGUGACAGGCAACAUCAGCUUUACCACCCAACUCCUGGGCACAAUUAACCUGGAACUCAAUGAGCUGCGUACCUGCACUGAGGUGGUGGGGCGCCAUUCUGAUUAUCUGACUGACCUGAACACCACGGUUUCAAAUGUGAGGUCAGACGCCACCACGCUGAGGUCACAGCAGGAUGACCUGGCAGCCCGUCUGGACAAGGAGGUCACCAGCCUCUCUAUAGUAAUGGAGGAGAUGAAGCUGGUAGACAGCAAGCACUCACAGCUUAUCACCAACUUCACCAUCCUAAAGGGUCCACCUGGCCCCCGAGGCCCCAGGGGAGAUAAAGGACCCCAGGGAGUGGCUGGUCAGCCCGGCCAGAAGGGCGAGAAAGGGGAAAAGGGUGGGCCUGGGGUGCAGGGUCUCCGUGGAGAGAAGGGGUCUCCAGGACCACCGGGAGUUCCAGGGUUCAAAGGUCCACCAGGCUCACGGGGCAGCCCAGGGUCAAAGGGCUCCAGAGGAUCAGGGGGCAGGGCUGGACCCCCGGGACCGAAAGGUGAGCCAGGCGCUGCUGGACUUCCUGGGAGAGACGGACAGCCCGGUCCUCAUGGGCCACAGGGUCUGCCUGGAGAGCCAGGAUUGAUUGGGCCGACUGGGGCACAGGGACCUAGGGGACCGGUCGGGCCUGUGGGGCCCCCAGGGCCACCUGGACUGCCAGGACUCCCUACCCGACCACAAGCAACAGAGCCUUUGGUCCCUUUCUCUCUUCACAGUGACUCCCCUGUUCCAACUGUGUGGGUCCGAGGUUGUGCUCAAGAGUGGGUUGGUUUUAAAGGAACAUGCUACUACUUCUCUAAAGAGACUCAGAACUUUGAUGACUCAAAGAAAUACUGCAAUGCCCAGAAUGCUUCAAUGGUGAUCAUCGAGACUAUGGAUGAACAGAAAUGGCUGCAGAAGCAGACCUCUGGAAAGGGCUUCUUCUGGAUAGGUCUGACAGACAAGGAGGAGGAAAAUGUCUGGCGCUGGUUAGACGGAACAGAACCUGCUUUUACGAAAUGGAAGCCGGGCCAGCCAGACAACUGGACUCACGGUCACGAGAGCGGAGAAGACUGCGCAGGCUUCAUCCACAUGGGAAUGUGGAAUGAUUUCUUCUGUGAAGAUCGCAUCAGCUACAUCUGCGAGACACCCAUGGAGAUAUCAAAAACACCAGGAUUAUAGCACCUGCUGGGAGAGAAGGGGGAAAAAAAUGCUUGAUUCAGAGGCGGUGUGGUGAGCAACAUUAGGCUCCACCCACAAGUGUCAAGAGCGCUACGACACGCUAUUCAUAGACAUGCUGUAUGGAGAGAGAAAUGGGACAAACUGCACAGGCCUGAAUCAGGACUAUGGCUGCAUUCACUGAUCUUUUCUCCAUUGGUGGACAGAUUCAGCUCUCUUCCAAAGUAAAUCCAGCCCACAACUUCAAGCCUUUACAUUCCAGAAACAUGACAAUCAAGAGUUGAAAAGAUCUAUAGUUUUUGUAUUUUUUUAUGACCAAAUUAAUUGACUCAUAUAGAAUUGUCUCAUUUAACUGUUUUUAAUGCUUUUCUUUAUUUUAUUUUUACAACUUAAGUCCAUUAAUAUCUGAUUAUCUGAAUGUAUAUUUUUAUAAUGCUUUUUUUGUCUGAUGCAGAUCUUUAUGCAGUUUUUUUUUGUAGAUCAUUAUUUUAGCAGUGCCAAUGGGGUUCCACAGUGCCUUUCUACAGUUGAAAGUUUACUUCCUUUAUAAUUAUUUGAGGUGCAAAAUGAUGCGCAAAAAAAGCUAAGAAAUGGCGCUGAUAUGCUAUCACCAGUCCUUUCUCAAACCUCAAGAACAGUCUAAAUAUAUAGAAAUAUGUUAUUGUACACAUGAAUCUGAAUAAAUGAAGUAUUUACACAUAA